CGCCGAUGGUCGGAUUUCCUCCUUUGUUACAGUGCCUCAGCUGGGAUCAAAGAUGAUGAAGAGGAAGUGGCAAUGGAUCGGAGGAUUUGGAGAAAGCAGGAGGUGGGAGGAAGGAGGAAGAAGGUUCGGGUCGGGUCAAAUAGAGAAGAAAAGAAGGGGUUAUGCAGGGGCGGAGCUAGAAUGUGCAGGAGGUUUCCAAAUCAACACACUCAUUCGCUGCUUCGAGAUUGCGAUGAUUGGUUUAGCUGUUGCUGAUGAUGAUAUGCAU